AUGGCACUAUGUCUUCUACAAAUCAACCAAUGUGCCUAUUCAAAUUGCGGCCAAUAUUUCGCCAAUCAAUACGAACUCAUCGCCCAUGUCGAAUUUCAACACAUACCACUUCUCGAGGAGGAAAUGAAGAAAAAAGCAUUGGCUGCAAGUGCGAAUGGUGAUGAAAGAGCAAGCACAACUGCUCCACCAAAUGUCCCACUAAGUAUUAUAAGCAGGUUUGUCUUUUUCGAAUUGAAAUCUUGAAAAACAAAUGUGGUUUUGAUUUUCAGAGUAUUUCGCACUGCUUAUCGACCAAAUCCAAUCAAAUACGAAGGAAUCAAAGUCAGUUUUAAUCAUUAUAAAAAACGGGCAUUGCGAGAGCGAAUGGAGCAACAAAAACAACAAUUGCAACAAUUGAGAGCGCAAAUCAAUCCGGAUGAUGAUAAAAAAGUUGGAGAAAUUGAUUUUGAAGAAUGUCAGCCGAGGUAUGUUUCGAUUUUUAUGCUCAGAAGUUUGCUAAUAAUAUCUGGUGGGCUAAAAGUAUAGUUGGUUUAAAUGACAUUUUCAUGUUUUUUAAGCAAGUGAUUUGAAAUAUCGGGUUCUAAUGUUAUUCAUAUGAUAGAAUGGUCUAAGACGAGCAGAAUGAUAUAAAUUUUGAUGACUUUACGUUAUCCAUAAGUAAUUAAGCGACUUAUCGACUAAAUAUUGCCUAAACCUCGCUAAAUCACUUAUGGAUAACGUAAAGUCAUCAAAAUUUAUAUCAUUCUGUUCGUCUUAGACCAUUCUAUUAUAUGAAUAAUAUUAGAACCCAAUAGUUCAACUCACUUUUUAGUUGAUGUCCAACUAUAGCUCAAAGGCUCACCAAAGCCCGAAGUGCUCCCAAAAAUCUCCAUUUUUUCCAGCGACCCAGAAAUGCGUUUCCGUUGCGGAGCCACCGAAUGCACUAAACGCUACAAAAACAUCUACGCUUUAAAAGUGCACAUGAAAUCGGCUCAUCAAUUAAUUCUCGGUGAUUCUUAUGAACAUUCUUCGGCUCAGAAUCAAGGAUCUAAUCAUCAACAUCGCCAAGAGUCUCCAAUCCAUCCACCGCAAAACCAAAGUCCAGCAUAUUCUACAUCAAGUGGCGCAUUGGCUCCCGGAAGCCCGGCUCAAACUCUUCCAAGCCCCUCAAAACCCCACAAAUGCUCGUAUUGCUCAAAAAGAUAUAAAACUCCGGUUGGACUUACGAAUCAUUUGAUGCAAGCUCAUCAAAAAUCUACACCAGGUCCAGAUGCGCCAAGUCAAGAAGUUGUGAAUCAACUAAUCUCACAAGCUCGUGCACAAGGACAACAAGAAAGAAUGGCUCAACAAGCACAAUCCGCGCAGCCACAAAAUCAACAUUCUGCUCAAAAUGCUCCAGCACCUCCUCCACCAACCAGACAAUUAACAUUGCCCGUUUCGGUUAAUAUGAGCAAUACGAGUUUGCAAUCGCAAAAUUCGUCGGGAAUUUCGCAUGUUAGCAGAUCGUUUACAGUAACUACCACAAAUCAACCUUUGAGAUUAUCGCAAAAUUAUGGACCGGUAAGGGUUUUGGGGUAAAAAUUCAUAUGGAAAUGUUGGUUUUUGGGUAAAAAUUAGCUGAAAAUUGACCAGAAAUUCUGAAAAAAAAUUUUCCAGGCCACUCUAACUCCACACGGCGCCACAACAACCGGACAAAUGUUGAUGCAGCAGCAGAGAAGAGUAAGUUAGAGACGCAGACACACACACUCUCGCCGUCUCUAUCAUCAUUUUCAGAUUCAACAGCAGCAACAACAACAAGCUGCAGCGGCCGCUGCAAAUUCGCAGCAAUAUCAGUCGCCUCAGCACCACCAACAACAAUACACAAUGUCGCCGGUCAGAAUGCAUCCACAACAGCAUCAGGUUUGAAUUUUCCGCAUUUUCUAGGCCGUGGCCGAGGUUUCUAGGCCAUUUUUGAGGGUUUUUGAGUUGGGGACUAGUUUUUGAUGGAAUUGAUGUAUUUCUAGGCCGCGGACUAGUUCUCUGCGCAUCUAAAAAUUUUGGAUUCCUAGGCCAACCCCUCAAUUUUUCCAGAUGCAAACUCCGCCUCGCCCACAAAUCGCUGCAGGACCAGGACCACAACAACAUCAACCUACUGUAUCAUCACAACCUCAAUCUACAGUACAACAAUCUACAGUACACCAAAAUGUGCAAAAUGCGCCCCAAUGA